ACUAUGCCACCAGACUCAAAGCAACAAAACCAAGGUGGGAAGAAGGGCAGUCUUCCAACGGACAGAAAUGGAAGACUCUGGAACACAGAGGUCCACUUUUCCCGCCCAACUACGAACCGUUGCCCAGUCACGUGAGGUUCUACUACAACAGGGAGCCAAUCAAACUGAGCCUGGCUGCGGAGGAGGUGGCGACAUUCUAUGCCAAAAUGUUGGACCACGAAUACACCACCAAAGAAGUCUUUCAGAAGAACUUUUUCGCCGACUGGAGAGAGGAAAUGACGCAUGAAGAGAGGAAGCUGAUCAAAAAUCUGUCAAAAUGUGAUUUCAGCGAGAUCCAUAAGUAUUUUAUGGAGAAAGCAGAGGAGAAGAAGAACAUGACUAAAGAGGAGAAGAAGGCCAUGAAAGAGGAGGGGAACCGGCUGACAGAAGAGUAUGGGUUCUGCAUGCUGGAUGGGCACAGAGAGAAAAUCGGAAACUUCCGUGUGGAGCCUCCCGGGCUAUUCCGAGGGCGAGGGGAACAUCCUAAAAUGGGCAAGCUUAAGAAGAGGAUCCAACCUGAGGACAUCAUCAUCAACUGUGGCAAAGACUCAGAGAUCCCAGAGCCUCCUGAAGGCCACAGAUGGAAAAAGGUUCAGCACGACAACACGGUGACCUGGCUCGCCUCGUGGGUAGAGAACAUUCAGGGCCAUAUCAAAUACAUCAUGUUAAACCCCAGCUCCAAACUCAAGGGGGAGAAGGACUGGCAGAAGUAUGAGGUGGCACGCAGGUUAAAGCUUAUCGUGGCGUCCAUCAGGGAGCAGUACCGUAAAGACUGGAGCAGUCGGGAAAUGAAGACCAGACAGAAGGGCGUGGCCUUGUACUUCAUUGACAGGCUGGCUCUGAGAGCAGGCACUGAAAAGGAUGAUGACACUGCAGACACAGUGGGCUGCUGCUCCCUGAGGGUGGAGCACAUCACACUCCACCCAGAGCUGGACGGUCAGGAGUACAUGGUGGAGUUUGACUUCCUGGGCAAAGACUCCAUCCGCUACUACAACAGAGUCCCUGUGGAGAAGCAGGUUUUUAAAAACCUGAAGAUCUUUAUGGAAAACAAAGAUCCUGAAGAUGAUUUGUUUGACAGGAUCAAUACGUCCUACCUCAAUAAAAGUCUCAGUGAAUCUAUGCCAGAGUUAACAGCCAAAGUGUUUCGAACCUUCAAUGCUUCCACCACCCUACAGGAUCAACUUAACAAACUCACCACUGAUGACAUGAGUGUGGAGGAGAAGAUUCUCUCAUACAAUAGAGCAAACAGAGCUGUGGCUAUACUCUGCAACCACCAGAGGGCAGCACCCAAAACGUUUGAGAAGUCCAUGCAGCUGCUGCAGGAGAAGAUCAAAAAGAAGAAGGAACAGUUGGUUGAAGCCAAGAAGGAACUCAAACAAGCCAAGAAAUCACACAAAGAAACCCCAUCAGAAAAGUCCAAAAAACUGGUGGAGAAGAAGGAGAAGGCCGUGAGGAGGCUGCAGGAGCAGCUGACGAAGCUCCAGCUCCAGAUGACUGACAGAGAGGAGAACAAAGUCAUCGCUCUGGGCACGUCCAAACUCAACUACCUCGACCCGCGCAUCACAGUCGCCUGGUGUAAGAAACAUAAGGUACCGAUUGAGAAGAUCUAUAACAAAACGCAGCGGGACAAGUUUGCCUGGGCUAUAGACAUGGCGGGAGAAGAAUUUCAGUUUUGA